ACCUUGCUGGGCUGACCCCUCUCGGCGACCACGUUCUCGCCGCCUGCCCGCCUCCUGCCCGCCACCCUGUGCCCUCGUGCCCGACGGUCAGCGUGGCCCAUGUUGUCCGUCACUGAGAGAGCAUCGUUCUCAGUGGCAGCAUCAGCAUGGCGUCUUCAGCCAAAACCCAAGCGCUGGAAGAGGCCGUUCCCGGGCCCGAGGAGAAGCCGGAGGGAAGGUCGCUUCUCACCUGGGGCCCACUUUUCGGUCACCCCGACGAGAAGGUGCUCACCAUCACCGUCACCGAGACCACCGUCAUCGAGUCGGGCCUGGGCGUGUGGAGUGCACGGGCUCUGCUCUACCUGACGCUCUGGUUCUUCUUCAGCUUCUGCACGCUCUUCCUCAACAAGUACAUCCUGUCCCUGCUGGAGGGCGAGCCCGGCAUGCUCGGCGCCGUGCAAAUGCUGUCCACAACACUUAUUGGAUGCAUUAAAAUAUUUGUCCCUUGCUGUUUAUACCAGCACAAAGCCCGGCUCUCUUAUCCACCCAAUUUCAUCAUGACUAUGCUAUUUGUGGGCCUGAUGAGGUUUGCAACGGUGGUUUUGGGUUUGGUCAGCCUAAAAAACGUGGCGGUUUCGUUUGCUGAGACGGUGAAGAGCUCUGCUCCCAUCUUCACUGUGAUCAUGUCUCGGAUGAUUCUGGGGGAGUACACAGGAAUGCUGGUCAACCUCUCGCUUAUCCCAGUCAUGGGAGGGCUGGCGCUGUGCACGGCCACCGAGAUCAGCUUCAACGUCCUCGGGUUCUCAGCUGCGCUGUCCACCAACAUCAUGGACUGUUUGCAAAAUGUUUUUUCAAAAAAGCUCCUCAGCGGGGACAAAUACAGGUUCUCGGCUCCGGAGCUGCAGUUCUACACCAGUGCCGCUGCCAUGGCUAUGCUGGUCCCAGCCUGGAUCUUCUUCAUGGAUAUGCCAGUGAUUGGGAGGAGCGGGAGGAGCUUCAGCUACAGCCAGGAUGUCCUACUGCUGCUCCUGACCGACGGGGUCCUGUUCCACCUGCAGAGCGUCACCGCCUAUGCCCUCAUGGGGAAGAUCUCCCCUGUGACGUUCAGUGUCGCCAGCACCGUGAAGCAUGCCCUGUCCAUCUGGCUCAGCAUCAUAGUCUUCGGCAACAAAAUCACCAGCCUGUCAGCUGUCGGCACCAUCCUGGUGACAGUGGGUGUCUUGCUGUACAACAAGGCCAAGCAGCACCAGCGGGAGGCCAUGCAGAGCCUGGCUGCAGCCACCAGCCAUACCCCAGAGGGCGACGUGGAGCCACCCAGCCCGAAGGACACCAGAGAGCACCACUGA